AUGUCAAAAUCCACUGCAGCAGAUACUGAACCAUCACAACAACAACAACAACAACAAGAAAAACCUAAUCGUACUCGUCGACAUGUCAACAACAAUAAUCAAAAAGCAAUACCAACAAUAAAAUAUUAUAAUUCAACAGAAUUAAAUGUUUCUAGUGGAAAUAUGAUUUUUGAAGGAAUUAAUUUAAAUUAUACACAUGGAAAAAUGAAUGUGACUGGGACAACAUUUAUACUUUCUGGAUUACCACAUUAUUCUGAAUAUCAUAUUACAGUCUAUGCCUGUCAAAAUAUUAGUGCUCCAGAUAAUUAUUGUUCAGGAAGGCCAGCAUGGACAUCUGCAAGGACUUUGCCUAUACCUGAAAAUGAUAUGAUUGACCCAAAUACAAUUUUAUUAUCAAAUUCAACAACUGACAAAAUUAAUGAAAAAAGAAUUUAUUGGGAACCACCAGAAUUUCCCAAUGGAUUUAUUCUUGCAUUUAGAGCAAAACUUACAAAAAAUGAUGACAGUACACCCUAUGAUCAAUGUAUUACCUUCGAGAGAUUUAUCAAUGAAUCAGGCGUUACAUUUUCUGGUAUUGCUGAUGGUUUAUAUACUCUACACAUUCGAACAGAAACAUCAGCUUUAAUUGCUAGCAAUUUUAAUCCAAAUUAUACAAUAAUUAAAGAUUUAUUUGAAAUUCGUACACCGAGUAUAUUUACUUUUAAGGUUGUUUCAAUUUCUGCAUCAAUUGUUGUUUUAGUUUUAAUUAUAUCAGGAAUUGUAAUUUAUUAUUUCGUUAAUAGAAUGUUUGGGAAGAAAGUGGAAGAAUAUUGGAGACAAACAAUAUCAGCCAAUCCAGAAUAUUUGAGUCAAAUGGAACUUUAUAAAGCUGAUGAAUGGGAAUUAAAAAGAGAUGAUAUAAUUUUGGAACAAGAAAUUGGAAGAGGAACUUUUGGAAAAGUUUUUCGUGGUUAUGGAAAAAAUGUUCGUUCUAUAAUGGGUGAAACUUUCGGUGAUUGUGCUGUUAAAACUGUUCCAGAAACUGCUUCAAAUGCUGAAAGAUUACAUUUUCUUAUUGAGGCUAGCGUUAUGAAACAAUUUAAUACUUCAUUUAUUGUAAAACUUUAUGGUGUUGUUUCUGAUGGGCAACCUGUUUUGGUUGUUAUGGAACUUAUGGAAAAGGGAAAUUUGCGUGAUUUUCUUCGUUCACAUCGACCUGGAGCAGAAGAAAACAAAGAAAAUCGUCCAUUACCUACAGCAAAUCAAUAUUUUAAUUGGGCUGCACAAAUAGCUGAUGGAAUGGCAUAUUUAGAAUCUUUAAAAUUUUGUCAUAGAGAUUUGGCUGCUAGAAAUUGCAUGGUACAUGCUAACGAAUCAGUAAAAAUUGGUGAUUUUGGUAUGGCAAGGGAUAUUUAUUAUCAUGAAUAUUACAAACCUGCUGGUAAACGUUUAAUGCCUGUUAGAUGGAUGGCACCAGAAUCAUUAAAAGAUGGCAAAUUUACAUUAAAAUCUGAUGUUUGGUCUUAUGGAAUUGUUUUGUAUGAAAUGUUGACUUUAGGCCAACAACCUUAUGCCGGUUUAGGAAAUGAUCAAGUAUUUAAUUAUACGGGUGUUCAAAGGCAUGUUUUGAAUAAACCUACAGGAUGUCCUGAUUUUUGGUAUGGAUUGAUGCUUUUAUGUUGGAAAUAUGAUCCUAGAGAGCGUCCAACAUUUCGUCAGAUUGUAAGAUAUAUUGAAAAUUAUGCUUCUGAUGAAUUUGUUAAGGCUUCAUAUGUUUUAAAUAAUGUUCAAAUUAUGCCGGAAGCUUAUAAUUUUGAUAUUGAUUUGGAUGAUGAAAUAAUGAAAAGAAAUGUAAUUAAUGAAGAAUUUGUUUAUGGACAAGAAGAAGAAGGAGAAGAUUUGGAGGAUGUUGAUAUUGGUGAUGGUGGGGAUCUUGCUGAUUUUGCUAGUGAAGAUGAAUUAAAUCCAGUCUGUAUUAAUAAUAGGAGAAAUAAUGAGAAAAAUUGUUUAGAUGAUGGAAUAAUAGAAAAGGUUGAUUAAUCUUUUUUAAUUUCUUAUUUUAACCUUUUUAAAAAAUUGGUGACCAUUUUGAGCCCUUUUUGCCUAAAAUUUGAUUUUUUUCAAAAUUUUCUGUCCACCAAUUUUUCAAAUUUUAAUUUUUAACCCUUUCCAAACUACCUUCAAAAAAUUUUUCUUUCUCUAUGUCAUUCCAUUCGCACACAUAUUUUAUUUUUACACU